AUGCCCGUCGCACUAAUACCCUCUACACCUGUACCAUGUGCGAUUUUACUAAUAGCAGCCAUAGCAUUAGCACCCCUCCUCUGUACGGCCCGAACACCACGGCUUGAGUCAUACGAGCAAGCGUUGUCACAGAAGCAGAGCCGUCACUCGGGCGACGCGAUUACUGCUACCAUGCAUCACCUGGUGUCGCCUGGACGGGCUUUAAGAGGACGCGGUCUCGGCGGCCUGCCUCUACUCCCGUCGCUUAAAGCCCUCCUGACGAUCCUCGAGGGCCGUUCGUCCCCAUCCCCCUCUCCCCCUCCGCCACGACCUCCUCCGCCCUCCCCACCUCCCCCUCCCCUUCCGCCGCCCUCCCCACCGGUUGCGCGAGCCUUUCCCCUCCCUAUCGCGUCUCCGCCACCCCCAACCCCCUCCGUCCGCAGUCCCCCCAAUCCUCCCCCACUAUCCCCUUCGCUGCCCUCCCCGCCUCCGCCGCUUCCCCCUGCUUCCCCCUCGACUCCCCCGCCCUCCCCUGCGCUAACCUCCCAGGAUUUCUCCAUUCAGCCUCGGCGCCGAGGAGACUCCUAUAUCACCGCCACUCUUGCGCCUCUCGGGCCUUCAUUCGCCCCCGCGCCUGCGCCAUCCCCUUCCGCCUCCGCAUCCGCGCCCGCGUCGGAAGGGGGGGAAUCGCUGGGCGCCUUCCUACCUGUGGACGACCCAUAUUAUUUUCCCCCUGACGGUCCGGACCUCUCUAAUUCCAGCCCUUCUGGCGGUUCUCAAGGCAACAGCGGAGGUUCGAAUGGCGGAGCUUCCGAACCUGGGACUCCCCCUCCCCCUCCCCCGAAGGAAAGGCCUCCGGGCUGGGUGGAGCUGACGUACGGUGGCGGGCCGGUGAAUCACGAGCCCAUUAACGCGUACAUACUGUACUACGGCGCGUGGGAGUCCCCAUCCUUCACUAUAGAAAACUUCAUCAAUUCUCUAAGCCAGGACCCGGACGAGUCAGAGAAUUACGGCGAAACCGACGCCUUUUCUGACAUGGUGACUGAAGCCCCAGGGGAGGAAGAGGAGGUGUCAUCUGGGCAGGUGGCAUCUGUGCGAAGAUGGUGGAGGGUGGUGGGUCGGUACACGGGGCGGGACGAGAGCAACCCUGGGUUCAUUGUCAACGUGACAGACCAGGUUAUUUUGGCCGGGUCAGGGAGAGACAACUACUCAGCCGGAAGCGAUCUGACCGGCUGUGAAGCUUCAGUUGAAACGGUUCUGAACAACGCGUUGGGAGAUGGUGCCAUGCUUCCCGUGGACGACACGGCCAUCUACUUCAUCCUCGCAUCCCCCGAUGUCGCACUAGCAGCGCCGUACGAAAACACAUACAUGUGCGACGACUGGUGCUCACUGCGGCAGCACAUGAACUUCACCGCAUGGGAUGGCUCCACUACCAGCAUUCGAUAUGUGGUUAUUGGCGACGCUAGCAAAUGCCCGGAGAAGUGUGCUCACCUCUUUGGCCACCCGUAA